GAUGAGCAAUUUGAGAGCUUGCCCACUGAAGUAUCCAAGCCCAAAGGUGAGCAGCACCCCGAGACAUGCGUGAUCUGUCUGUCUGACUUUAAGGCAGGCAAGAUCCUGGUCACUUUGCCAUGCAGCCAUGUAUUCCACAAAGACUGUGUCCGCACAUGGCUGACCAAAAAGUCCGAGACAUGUCCGCUGUGCAAGGAGUCUGUC